AUGGCUGAGGGCUCCAAAGAGCGGGUUGGCGUGGGCAUCACCGAUCCGGAUGAGGACUCUCCAAACAUGAUUGUCUACAGAAAGAUGGAGGACAUUGUCACAAGAAUACAAGACGAGAAAGCAGGAGGUGUCGCCAUCCGGACUGUCAAAAGCUUCCUGUCAAAGAUCCCCAGCGUGGUAUCAGGGUCGGACAUUGUUCAGUGGCUGAUGAAAAAUCUCUCUAUAGACGAUCCAGCCGAGGCCAUCCACUUGGGAAGUCUGAUUGCCGCUCACGGCUACAUUUUCCCCAUCUCGGACCACGUCCUGGCGCUCAAAGAUGACGGAACUCUUUACCGCUUUCAGUCUCCGUACUUCUGGCCUUCAAACUGCUGGGAACCUGAGAACACAGACUACGCCAUCUACCUGUGCAAGCGCACCAUGCAGAACAAGGCCAGACUGGAGCUAGCUGAUUUUGAGUCUGAGAACCUUUCCCGGCUGCAGAGGGCUUUCGCUAGAAAGUGGGAGUUCAUCUUCAUGCAGGCUGAAGCACAAGUCAAAAUUGACAGAAAGAAGGACAAGGCGGACAGGAAGGUCCUGGACAGCCAAGAGAGGGCUUUCUGGGAUGUUCAUCGACCAGUGCCAGGCUGCGUCAACACCACCGAGAUGGACAUCCGCAAAUGUCGCCGAGAAAAGAACCCACACAGGGUGAAAAAGUCAGUUUACGGGGUGACGGAAGACAGUCAGAGCCAGCCGAGUCCGGUCCACAUCAGCUCUCCGCCGGCUAGAAAGCUCACCCAGGAAGACAUUGAGAAGGAGAUCGGCUUCCUCAACAUCCAGCUAGGCCGACACUGCAUGAAGGUUUCCAAAGUGGCCGAGAGUCUGAUGGGCUACACGGAGCAGUUCACGGAGUACGACCCGUUCGUGUCGGCCAUCGAGCCCUCCAAUCCUUGGAUCAGUGACGACACCUCCUUCUGGGACUUGGAAGCCAGUCAUGACCCGACCCAGCAGCGAGUGAAGAAGUGGGGCUUCUCCUUGGAGGAAGCUCUUAAAGACCCUGCAGGAAGAGACCAGUUCUUGAAGUUCCUUGAGUCUGAGUUCAGUUCAGAGAAUUUACGAUUUUGGUUGGCAGUGCAGGAUCUGAAGCGUCAGCCACUGCAGGACGUCCCCUCGAGGGCUCAGGAAAUUUGGCAGGAGUUUCUAGCCGAAGGCGCACCGAGCUCUAUCAACUUGGACUCUCACAGCUACGAGCGCACUAGCCAAAACCUGAAAGACCCCGGGCGUUACAGCUUUGAAGACGCUCAGGAGCACAUAUUCACAUUAAUGAAAAGUGACAGCUAUGCACGCUUUUUGCGAUCCACCAUCUACCAAGACCUCCUGUUUGCCAGAAAAAAGCAACAACCCGCAGACCCUGAACAAGGUCGCCGUACAUCCUUGGAGAAGUUCACCCGCAGUGUGGGCAAGUCGUUGACGGGCAAACGUCUAUCGGGCCUGAUGCAGUCAUCCUGA